GUUACGACGCGUUGAAAGGAUGUCUGACGAUGUUGAAAUGAAGAAUGCGGCAUCGGAGACCGCGACCACUUCGAAUUCGAACGACUCGCCCUCGGAGAAGGAUUGGGUCCGGAUUGAGAGUAAUGAUGGGUUUUCGUACCUUGUACGGAGGAAGGUUGCGGAGGCUAGUGGGACUAUGAGGAAUAUGUUGGAUCCGAUGUCGGGGUAUGCGGAGGCUCAGACGAGGACUUGUGGGAUUGACGAACGAGGAAUCGUAACGGAAAAGUUGGUCGAGUACAUGUGUUUCAAGUCGCAUUACCAGACUGUGGGACCGAAGGAGGAUAUUCCUGUUCCGGAGAUGCAGGAGAGGAUUCCGCCGGAGAUUGUACUUGAAGUGCUUUUGGCUGCUGAUUAUCAGGAGAUGUAAUGAUAUUUUGGGAGCUUUAUGGAUUUGACUUUUCGUUUGAUUGUUGAAA